CACCCCGCCCGCCAGCACCUAUAUGAUCAGUCAGUUUGCCCGCCUCGACCUCCAGCGACGCUGUGACCGGGGGCUGCCUUGCUCAGACUGUGCCUUUGACCUCAUGCACGACCAGACGAGCGGCUGUGCUGCUAGUUGGAUUACCAGAGCGUGAAAUGUCCAUCAUGCCAUGUGUGUGUGCGGGAGAGGAAAUCGGCCGACUCACACUACUCGAAGUGUUAGGGCUGGCGUGGCGCAGCUCGCGGUGAGGAGUUGCACCCCCAGCCCUUGCAGUUUGGUCAGCCGUCUCCGAUGCGACAUCGUCGAUCGGAAGAGAGCGAUCCAGUCGGCAGCUGCUGUGGCUGCCAUGCGCAGAAAGGUAUGUCCCGUCUUUCAGGUCGUCACCGCAUCAUGGGAGCGCGCCCGAAGGGGCCCUCGUGAUGACGGUUUUAAAGCGGGUUUACGUACUCUCGACACACGCAUCGGAGUCGCCAGCCGAGUAGAGCAGACAUGUCGGGCUGGCGAUGAUUUGAGUUGGUGGUCUUGGUUUGGAGAAGAAGAAGAAGUGUCGCGUUCGCCAGGAACAGAGAUUUUUAAGCCUGCCCGAUUUCUUGGCGCGCAAGGACAGCCGCAAAACGUAGCGUCGCGAAUCGACAUCUUUCCCGCAAUCUCCAUCACCAGCACACCCACCUGCACCUUCUAUCUAGCAUCCCACUACCGCCACACCACCUACCCAUCCGCCGACAACGCUAAUCCACCCUCCCGCCGCGCUUGAUACCCUGCCAUACUCUCUUGAUCCUCCCGUUGACCAUCUAGCUCGUCUAUUUACUUGCUAUAUUCCCAGCCCACGCGACAAAGCUCCGCCCUGCCCCCCCGGUCUUCGAACAGCCCGUCGCCCGACCGCCCGCCUCCC